AUGCUCAAACGUUAUUUGUUUAACGUAAGAGCAUUUAAUGCUUAUCGAUCAUCUUCCACGUCUAGUAAUAAUAACAUACAACCUUUUGAAUCUAUACCAGGAUUAUCAUCUCUACCUAUUAUUGGUCCAAUACAUCAUUUUAUUCCUGGAGUCGGAUCAAUCGGUUUACGUGCUAAUUUCUAUGAAUUAUCUAAAGUUCUGUUUGAGAAAUAUGGUUCCAUAGUUAAGUUAGAUGGUGUAUUUGCAAGAGCAAGUAUGCUUAUUUUGUAUGAACCGGAACAUUUUGAUCAGGUAUAUCGUGCUGAAGAUACUUUACCAUCAAGACCAGGAUUCGAUACACUAGUUUAUUACAGAACUAAAUUAAGAAAAUCAGUCACUGAUGGUAUUUAUGGCUUAACGAUAGCGGAAGGUUCCCAGUGGCGCGAUUUUCGAACGAAAGUUAAUCCAGCUUUGUUAAAACCAAAACUGGUGAAAUUGUAUGCAUCAGCUUUAGAAGAAAUUGCAGGAGAUAUAGUGGCGAGGUUAAAAAGACUACACGAGAAAGAUGAGUAUCUUGACCAAAAUUUUGAUUUAGAAAUUACGAAAUGGUCUCUAGAAUCAGUAGCUGUUGUCGGUUUAGGAACGAGGCUUGGAUGCCUUGACGACGGUUUGACCGAUGAUCAUCCUGCAAAAAUACUUAUGAAAUGUUCUCGAGAUAUAUUAGACCUUUCGUGGAAAUUAGAAUUUACUCCUAGUAUCUGGAAAUAUUAUCCUACACGAACUUUCAAAAAAAUGAUUAAAACAUUGGAUUUACAAUGGGAUGCUAGUGUAAAAUUUAUUGAUGAGGCUAAAAUGAAAAUAAAAGAACGAGGCCAUGAUGUUCCCGAAGAGGAUAAAAGCAUAAUAGAAAAGUUGCUGGCCAUUGAUGAUAAGGUUGCUAUCAUGAUGGCAAAUGAAAUGUUGUUCGCUGGAAUUGAUACGGUGGCAUUUACAACAACUUGCCUUUUAUACAAUUUAGCAACAAAUCAAAAUGUUCAAAACAAAUUAAGGGAUGUAAUAGAUUCAUCUGAACAAAGCAAUAAAUAUCUCAGAGCUUGCCUCAAAGAAUCAUUGAGAUUAUUUGCUGUCGUACCAGCGAACUUGAGACGUACGACUAAAGAGCAUGUUGUUGAUGGAUACCAUAUCCCUAAAGGAAUUGACGUAAUAGCACCAAAUGAAUUUCUUUCUAGAAUGGAAAAGUAUUAUCCUCGAGCAAAUGAAUUUUUACCAGAAAGAUGGCUAGUGGAAAAAACCGACUCACUAUAUUAUGGAAACUGUCAUCCAAUGGUAACACUUCCAUUCGGUUAUGGAGUAAGAUCAUGCAUUGGAAGAAGAAUUGCAGAGUUGGAAAUUGAAAUAUUUAUAAAGAAGUUAUUGCAAGAUGUUAAAGUUACUUGGGAAGGUCCACCCAUCCAAGUAGUUACAAAAGUCAUGAAUUCAUUGAAGAAACCUUACUACUUUAAAUUUCAACCAGUUUCUUGAAAACAAUAGAUAAUAAAUGGAUUUUUAUAUACAUUGUUAAUCAAAGCAAUAUUAUAUUUUUUGUUAACUACGUAUAUUAUAAUAAUGAUUAACAUUGAGCUUAAAUGUUAUAAAGGUUUUCGAUAUUUUGCUUGUAUCCAGACUCUGUACAUUGUCAACAUCUUGCCUCUGUUUACUUGAAGUCUUCUAUCUAUUAAGUUUUGUUCCUCUACAAAUCCUUCAUUUGUAAAAAGCUUUGAAAUUUCUUCUUGUGUAAAAAAAUAAACCAUAGUUUUGUCUCCUCGUGCAUAAAAAUUGUCUGAAAUACAACGUCCCUUUUUGAAUCUUAAUUGUGCUAAGUCAUAUCGUCCAUAGUCUCGAAAAACAAUAAGGCCUCCUGGUCGUAGAUAUUUGUAAAUAUGUUUAACAACAUUUGUCAUCCUGAAAUAUUUGAUAUAACAUUAUUAAUAAUUAAUAAAUGUAACAAUACAAUAUGAUUUAUUGACAUGAA